AUGUCCGAUAACGACUCCAAUGUUCGAUCCUCGUAUUACAAAGCUAUCGUUGCUCUCGUCAUUGUUGUGCAGCUUGGGCUGAACUUUCUUUUUCGUCACCAAGGCUUAGCACCAGACUCUUCGCGUCCUUACGCUGAUCAACUUGCAGAAGCUCGCCAAUUAGUCCACGAGCUCGAAGAACUCGACCGUCUUCAACACGUAGACCCGGAUGAUCCAUCGCUUGACUCCGUCGAGGCUCAAAUGAAGCUCAAUCUUGACGCAAUGAAAAUGCAUCAAGACAAGAAUGAUGAGAAAAACGUCACCUUUGCCGACUAUAGCCAGAAAAAAUAUUACCCAUUUUCAAUCAAUACUGGGAGUGUUUGCCGUGAUGACAAGAAUGAGAUUGAGCAAGUGUAUCUCCUGAUGGUUAUAAAAUCGAUGACUGGAAGUUUCUCACGGAGAAAAGCAAUACGAGAUACAUGGGGGCAUACGCAGCAAAUACCAGUGAUCGGCGAUAAAUUGAAGAUCCGUCGACUGUUCCUGCUCGGCAAGUCAAAUACGACAGAUGAAGCAAAUCAAAGACGCGAAAUGCUACUGAAGGAGGAAGCGAAAGAAUGGGGAGACAUAAUUCAAGGAGAUUUUCAGGAUUCCUUCAGGAAUUUGACGCUAAAAGAGAUCAUGUUUUUGCGAUGGUUGCCGAGACACUGCCCCAAAGCGCAAUUUAUCUUCAAGGGCGACGAUGAUAUUUUCGCCAAUGUCCCGAACAUCGUCAGCUACAUCGAAUCGCUCUCCCUUUCCCAGCAGCGAAACAUAAUCACAGACCAGCGAUCAAAAUACUACGUCUCCGAAAACCUCUGGCCAGAAAAGUACUAUCCUCCGUACGUUUCUGGUGGCGGCUUCAUCAUGAGCUACGUCAUGGCGAAAAAGAUCUUCGAAGCGAUGAAAGAGCUGCCGAUAAUUCCGAUAGACGACGCGUUUAUGGGCGUCUGUCUUCGGAAACUUAACCUUAGACCGACGAAUCACAAGGGCUUCAAGAGCUGGGGCGUCAAAUAUCUCGAUCAUGACAAUUGUGUAUAUAGAGAAGUCAUGACAUUCCACAAGCUGCAGCCCGAAGAGCUGCAAAAUGUCUGGAAGAAAUUCAUCAAUUCGCAAAACGACGAAAUCUGCGCACAAUCCAAUCUUCUGUAA